ACACAACAGAAAAAGCCCCAUUGGGAUGUUUGUUCUGGGACAUCAGUGAACGGAUCCUCCCAAAAAGUAGCUAAAUGAUGACAGAAACUCCUCGUUUUAAGCCCAUUUAGUUCCUUGAUCUCAUUUACAGGAAGACUACACAAGGCUUUCUUCAGAGGGGGGCAAAAAGGCUGGUAGAUGAGAGCAGGAUUUUGGUGCUAAUAGUGAAAUUACAGCUGGAGUUGGUGACGGAAAUGCAGCAUCUGUUAGAAAAGAGGAAGGUGGCAGGAGUAACCAUGGUGGAUGUGAAUGUGGUGGAUGGGUAGGAGGUCUCAUGCCAAGGGUCAGCUUUACUGCACAGGAUUUUGCCAAAUACCAGGAGAGCUGGAGGUAGUUAUUUCCCUGUCCUGCAGGCCAAAGAUAAGGUUAAUUUGCAGAAAACAGAACUGUGGUAACGAUCUUGGAUUAUGACUUUAGUGAAGGAGGUGGCAUCUCCUCCACUGGUGGUUGGUAAGAAUGGAUUAGAAGAACUGCUGCUGUGUUUGUCAUGGGCACAUCCCACCCUGCAGGUCCCUGAAGACCUCUCCCACAGCCACAGCCCUUGCACAACGAGGUUCACGGUGGUUGCAGCUUGGGGACCAUCGGUCAAAAUCCAGCAACGCAGAUAUUUUUCCAUGCAUGACAUUCCAAUGGCCACUUGGUGUUUUCUUACCCACACUUGUUGGCCACCAAGGUGAUCGGUUUGUGGUCCCUCAAGGACCGGCAGUGCUUGGGUGAUGUUUUUGUUGGUUAUGCUGAAAACUCAUAACACUAUGAAUCAGGGUCAAAUCCUGUUUUCUCAUGCACUGUGCCGUUGCUGCUGAAGAGCAAACCUUGCGUUGGAGGGAAGAGAAACUAAUGGAGACUGAACAGAUGAAGGAAAGGGAAAGGAAGGAUGAUAUAACAUACAAGCAAGUGGCACUGGGGUAGAAUUAAUAGCAGUGUUGCUAAAUAUAUGCUUUGGAUGGAUUUCAUUUUUAACUUUGGGCUAAGAUAAAGGCUGGCACAGCUGGUAGGAAAGGAGUUUUCUCACCCCUCUGUAAACUUCUACAUUCCACUGAAGCAUUUGCAAAACUUAACUCUUUGUGCUUAACUGAGCUGCAUCAAACACGCACCCAGAGGUAGGCUUCCUUGGUACCUGCUGUAAAAAAAGCUAUGCUGUCAAGGAGUUUUAAUGAUUAUCUCGGCUUAUGGUGUUAUAAACACUAUUCCUCCUCAUUUUUUUCCUUAUAAAAAUAACUAAAUUAGAAGGGACUUAUUUCAGAAACUAAUUCUAUAUAUCCCUUCCCUUCUUUCCUUAGCAGCAUCUGAUGCUGAAAUGUACUUGUGCUCAGGCAGUCAUAUGUGCAUGUGGAGGAGGGAGCAGCUAAGGACACUCACACUUGUUUGUCAUGGAUGGAAGGGAGAUGAACUCUUCAGCAAUGUUGGCGAACACCAGCUGACAGGGCACAAAGUAGCAGUAAAGAUACUCAACAGGCAGAAAAUCCGCAGCCUGGAUGUGGUUGGGAAGAUCAAACGGGAAAUUCAAAACCUUAAACUCUUUCGGCACCCUCAUAUUAUCAAACUGUACCAGGUCAUCAGCACGCCAACAGACUUCUUCAUGGUCAUGGAAUACGUAUCCGGCGGUGAACUAUUUGAUUACAUCUGUAAGCAUGGACGUGUUGAAGAGGCAGAAGCUCGACGCCUUUUCCAGCAGAUUCUCUCUGCAGUGGAUUAUUGCCACAGACACAUGGUUGUCCACCGAGACCUGAAACCAGAGAACGUGCUGCUGGACGCACACAUGAAUGCAAAGAUAGCCGAUUUUGGGUUAUCCAACAUGAUGUCAGAUGGUGAAUUCCUACGCACCAGCUGUGGCUCCCCAAAUUACGCAGCCCCUGAAGUCAUCUCUGGAAGGCUGUAUGCUGGCCCAGAGGUGGACAUCUGGAGCUGUGGUGUUAUCCUGUAUGCCCUUCUCUGUGGCACUCUGCCUUUCGACGACGAGCACGUCCCCACCCUCUUCAAGAAGAUCCGGGGAGGUGUGUUUUACAUCCCGGAAUACCUCAACCGCUCCGUUGCCACUCUCCUCAUGCACAUGCUGCAGGUUGACCCCCUCAAGCGAGCAACCAUCAAGGACAUCAGGGAACAUGAGUGGUUUAAGGAGGAGCUGCCCAGUUACCUGUUCCCAGAGGACCCUUCUUACGAUGCCACCGUCAUUGAUGAUGAUGCAGUUCGGGAAGUUUGUGAGAAGUUUGAAUGCACGGAGUCGGAGGUGAUGAACAGCCUGUACAGUGGUGACCCUCAGGACCAGCUAGCGGUGGCUUACCACCUCAUCAUCGACAACCGGAGGAUCAUGAACCAAGCCAGCGAGUUCUACCUCGCCUCCAGCCCCCCCACGGGCUCCUUUAUGGAUGACAGCACCUUGCACAUCCCUCCUGGGGUGAAGCCGCAUCCUGAGCGGAUGCCGCCAUUGAUAGCGGACAGCCCCAAAGCACGAUGUCCUUUGGAUGCCCUCAACACCACAAAGCCAAAACCUCUGACUGUCAAAAAGGCCAAGUGGCACCUGGGAAUCCGCAGCCAGAGCAAACCCUAUGACAUUAUGGCUGAAGUGUACCGUGCUAUGAAACAGCUCGAUUUCGAGUGGAAGGUAGUGAACUCCUACCAUCUCAGAGUGCGCCGCAAGAACCCAGUGACAGGCAAUUAUGUGAAGAUGAGCCUGCAGCUCUACCAGGUUGACAACCGCAGCUAUCUCUUGGAUUUCAAAAGCAUCGAUGACGAUGUGAUGGAGCAGAGGUCUGGCUCGUCCACACCGCAGCGUUCCUGCUCUGCUGCUGGCUUGCACCGGCCGAGGCUGAGCAUUGAUGCUGCCGCGGCCACCGAGUGCCAGUCACUGAUGGGCUCCCUGAGCGGCUCCUUUGUGGGCAGCAUCCCCUCGGUGACACCACGCCUGGGCAGCCACACCAUGGACUUCUUCGAGAUGUGCGCCAGCCUCAUCAUGGCCCUGGCUCGCUGAUGAGUGGCACCGAGGCGCCGGUCCCUCCGCACACGGUAUUGCACUGUGAGGAUCUGGUCUGACCUGUCCGUUCCUUGUUUCUUCUGCUUCGUUCCUCCUCCUCCUCCGCCCUUCACCACUCCACAGACUGUGACACAGACCCAAUUCCAGACCCAGAACAUACACCCCUCUAACAAGGCACUGAGGAAAUCAAGAACAGCUUCAUUUCAUUCACGAUACCGUGGUGAAAUGUAUCCAAUAUCCUUUUUUUUUUCCUGGUGAACCAAAUGGGAAAUAUUGGCAUGACUGUAAAGUAGUAAAUGUAUCACUGAGGUUUUGGAACACACCUCCCCUCUGGUUCAUCCUGAGUUAACUGAGCGCUGGCCAAGCCUUCUGAGAUACAGGCAGCAUGUGAUAAGAUUGAUGUUGUGUCCCCUUUGCUGUGCAGAGCAGGGGCAGGAUGGGCUGAACCAGGUCAGAGGGGUCAACCAGGAGCUACAAGAAAUGGAGUGGAGGGGUAGUGAAGCAGCUCUGCAGCUUUCACACCUGGAUGCCAGCAGAGUGCCAGCCUCUGGUAACACUUUCCUCCUAAAACUAGCAGCUGCUUAGAUGCGUCUGCACUAGUGCAAUAUGCCAUGCCCUGUUUUUUUCCCCAUGCUAAAGAUGGGAAAGUGGGAUUUGCAAAGGUCCUGUUAGAAACCUGCCAUGGAAAAUCCUCUAAGUGUCAAUUCUUUACAGAGGAAUGUCUCUGAAGAUGCUUUGUUUCUUCUCACAAGAGCCCUAGAUGUCACUGACCUGCUCACCACACUCAGAUGCGAAGGCUGCUUGCCUUUUAACCAGCCCUUGAUAAUCAUGCCCGGCCAACACGCUCACGCUCCCCUGCCACACCACCAGUUCCACAGCCUGAAUCUCAAGCAGGAGUCCAAUGAGCCACCAAUGGACAGCAAGACGCAGAUGACCCACCUGAAAAC